CAAAUUACGCCGCGAUUUCCUUCUUUUUUGUUCCUUUUCUUCUCUACAGUUUCUGAUUCUCGAGGUAAUGGCGUCGGCAGUUGAAAACAAGGUCAAAAAUGCCAAAUUGGUACUUUUAGGAGAUGUUGGAACCGGCAAGUCAAGUAUAGUCUUGCGCUUUGUUAAAGGUCAAUUUGUUGAAUUCCAGGAAUCAACAAUUGGGGCAGCGUUUUUUUCACAGACUUUGGCAGUUAAUGAUCAAACUGUGAAAUUUGAGAUUUGGGAUACUGCUGGACAGGAGAGAUAUCAUAGUUUGGCUCCAAUGUAUUAUAGGGGAGCCGCAGCGGCUAUAAUUGUGUAUGAUGUAACGAAUGCGGCCACUUUCAUUCGUGCAAAGAAGUGGGUCCAGGAGCUCCAAGCCCAAGGUAACAUAAACACUGUCAUGGCUUUAGCUGGUAACAAAGCUGAUCUUGUAGAAGCCAGACAAGUAACUGCUGAGGAAGCCCAAGCUUAUGCCCAGGAAAAUGGUCUUUUCUUCUUGGAAACUUCUGCAAAAACAGCAAAAAAUGUCAAUGAUGUUUUCUAUGAAAUUGCUAAAAGGUUUCUUCAAUCUCAAGCUCAGCAGCAGCAGAACGCCAAUGGGAUGACCUUAACGGAUACAACAGCUAACAGGACCAUAACCUCAUCCUCUUGUUGUUCUUGAGAUCUCUGAAACACAUCAUUUGAACAGCCCCACAAAUCUUCACAUCCCCUCUCAUCACCCCUCAUUCUUUCAUAAAACCAUGACUAUGUAUAUAAAACUGAAAAUUUCUUCUAUUAUUGAUCAAUGAGAUGGGAUACUUUCUGAGCUUAUUAUUCCUGUAAGAUGUUACAGUAACAGAAGCUUCUGUAUGAGUGAAUUUGUUUUGAUUAAUAUUGUUUAUCAGUCAUAGUUGGUCAAAUGUUCAUUGUUCAUGUGAACUUGUUGGGUUUACAGUGUGGAAUUGUCAGAAUGGGAAGAACUUAAGGAUGUAGCAAAGGUUAGUAAAUUGAGAGUGUUUAGGCUUCAUUUGGAACCUUGUUGUUACAGUUUUCUUCUUCUACAGCAUUGUAUUGUAUGAUGGUGUUUAUUUCUGCAUUAAAUAUUUUAUGGUUAUG